AUGUGGAAGAUUUGUAAUGAUAUUCUUCCAUCAUUGGAUCGUUUGUUAACCAAACAUGUUAAUCUUGAGUCCCAGCUGUGUGUGCUUUGUAUUGGGAGGCAGGAAACUACAUUACAUUUAUGUCGAGAUUGUCCUUUCACUAGGGCAGUUUUGAACUCAAGUCAGACACUGGAUCAUGUAUGUUUCACGACUGAGACAGAUUCUUUGAGUGUGCUGGACUGGAUUAAGUUUUGUUCAGGUAAGUUAACUACUCAGCACUUUGAUAUGUUGAUCUUUCUACUAUGGGGGGUGUGGAAGGAAAGAAAUAGUAGAGUAUGGGAGGGGAAGACUAAGACUGUAGGUGAUGUAGUGCUGCUCUCCACUUCUAGGCUUCAAGAUUACAUCUUCCAUAAUUCUUGUAGUAUUAGUCGAGGAUACAGGAAUAUUGGGGUAGUUCGUUGGAAAUGUCCUCCUUUUGGUUGUGUUAAGUUGAACAUUGAUGGGGCUUUUGAUAUAGCUUCUGGAACUGGUGGGAUUGGUUUGGUGGUAAGAGAUCAUUCAGGACAAUUUGUGGUGGGGAAGGGCAGACCGGUCUUGGGAUUGUUGUCUGCUGAACAUUCUGAGCUUCUAGCGUGUAGGGAAGCCCUCGAACUCAUUGUUGACCAGUCUUUGCAACCUGCAAUUGUGGAAACUGAUUCUUUAAUCAUCCAACAACAGUUGUGUAAGGCUGGAGUUAACCUUUCCAGAUUGGGUCGGAUUUAUGAUGAUCUAGGAGUGCUUCUUGAUGCUCUGCCCAAUGUUCGAAUUAUGCACACAAGAAGGGAUGCCAACAUAGCAGCUCACCUGAUGGCUGCAGAAGCUGUUGCUGUUGGCCAGCCUCUCUUUUACUCUUCUGUACCUUCCUUUCUUUGUAAUGUGAUAGAUGCUGAACUUUGUAAUCACUAG